UGACAAGUGAAAGUAAACAAGUUUCGAGGCUGUAAGGUUAUAGAACGUUUGUGAGCUUGAAACAUUGUUUUAGGUUUCUUUUAAAAACAAAAACUGCACCAGGAUGGCCGAUGAAGAAUAUGAGCGCUUCGAGAUUACCGAUUACGACUUGGACAAUGAGUUCAAUCCAAAUCGUCAGCGGCGCCGGCCAACAAAGCAUCAACAAAUAUACGGAAUUUGGGCCGACGAAGAUUCCGACAACGAAGGCGACGAGGAUGGAGCUGGACCUUCACGGCGAGGACGAACUCGCACUGGUAAGAAACCAAAGGAUUAUUCCGCCCCGAUUGGAUUUGUCGCUGGUGGUAUACAGCAGGCUGGCAAAAAGAAAGAAGAAAAAAAGGAAAGUGACCCGGAUGACGACGAUGGUGAAGAAGAUGAAAAGAGGCCACGCUUCGGAACAGCGAUCGCCAGUGGUACUAGUUCCGAGUCGGAGUCGGAAGUAGCGGCAAAAGCAAACGAUUUCCGGUCGAUGGCUGGAUUUCGUCGAUUUACGGCGCAAAGCGCUGCCGGUAAUGUUGGCAAAGGAGUUGGAGGAUGGGAACAGCACACUAGAGGCAUAGGAGCGAAGCUUCUACUACAGAUGGGUUAUCAACCGGGAAAAGGUUUGGGAAAAGAUUUGCAAGGUAUUUCCGCUCCCAUCGAGGCCCACUUGAGAAAGGGUCGCGGUGCAAUCGGUGCCUACGGCCCAGAGAAGAAAAUAGUUGUUAAAGAUCAAAAGCAAAAGGCAGUUAAGGAAGAACUAAAAGAAAUCUCGGAAGCAGAAGCUGGCUCACAAUGGAAAAAGGAUAAGCAUAAAGGUCGCUAUUUCUACAAAAGCGUUGAAGAUGUUAUCGAAAAAGGGAAACGAUCUUAUGCACUCUUCGAUAAAAGUUCGAAACUGGGUAACGUGAAGGUGAUUGAUAUGACGGGUCCCGAGAGUCGAGUUCUAAGUGGCUACCAUGCACUUGGACAGGCUAAGAUUGUAGAUGAGGAUCUUUAUGAUACUAAACCUUCUAAAGAAACAAGUAAUUUUGCUUUGCCGGAAUUGAUGCACAAUUUGAACCUAAUUGUUGAACUUUGUGAGCAAGACAUUAUCGCUAUCGAUAAACAGAAAUGUUCAGCAAAGGAUCGGGAAGAGCAACUGGAGAUCGAAAAGGAAAAUCUAAUACGGAUUACCCAGCUUGAAGAGGACUAUAUCCAAACUUUAGAGGGAGCGUUAGAAUUGGUGAAAGCGCUUGUGGAACCCGAGAGUGGAUCAAUUUCGUUGGAAGAGUGUGAACGUAUUUUUAUUCGCAUGCAAUCCGAAUAUCCAUCUGAGUACAAAGAAUUCGGUUUAGCUGAUUUGGCAACCGGUGUGGUGGCUCCUUUAAUUGCCAACCGACUUAAAGAAUGGAAUCCCUUCGUCGAACCAACGGCGCAUUUAGACCUAUUCAAACGGUGGCGAUCUAUUCUUGGCUCGUCCGACACUGAGAAGCGAAACCUUCUGGAUCCAUACUCUGGCCUAAUUUGGUCUGGGUUAAUUCCAAGCAUACGCACAACUGCAACGACAUGGGAUCCAAGAAUACACCAACCAAUGAUUGCUUUGCUUGAUGCUUGGGCGCCACUGCUGCCGUCUUGGAUAUUGGAUAAUGUUUUAGAACAAAUAAUUAUGAACAAGCUCAGUGCAGCUGUCACCAAGUGGGACCCGCUUACUGAUACUAUUCCGAUUCACGUUUGGAUCCAACCGUGGGCUGGCAUUCUUGGCGCUAAGAUGGAGGAAACUAUAUACCCAACCAUAAGGGAGAAGCUAAGUAAGGCGUUGAAAGCUUGGAAUCCGGAGGAUAGAUCAGCGCGUGCCAUGAUCACUCCCUGGAAAGGUGUCAUGGCGGAAGAAGAUUUGCAGGUUUUCCUUACGAAGCAUAUUAUUCCCAAGUUGGAACUGCGACUAACUGAGCUGGUAAUUAAUCCGUUACAGCAGGAUUUAGAAAUCUUCAAUCAAGUGUGGGAAUGGAAUGAACUCAUUUCAACUCUUCAAAUGGCGUCCAUGCUCGACAAAUACUUUUUCCCCAAAUGGAUCCAGACAUUGGUACUGUGGCUGAACCAAUCGCCAAACUUCGAUCAAGUAACACGUUGGUACCAGGGCUGGAAGUCCCAAUUUACGGACGACAUCAUUCGACAAACCAAUAUCAAGGAAAACUUCCGCAAAGCAUUGGAGCUAAUGCAGCGUUCAAUCGGCAUUUCAACCGGAUCUUCAUCAUCCAGUGCGCCGGAUCCCAUGGAUACGACCCCGACAGCACCGUCCACCUCCUCCAAACUACCUUCGCUUAUGGAGGUCCACGUGGAUGUUUCACCGGCUUUGGAGUUCAAAGAACUUGUAUCGCAAAAGUGUGCCGAAAGAGGAAUCAUAUUUGCCCCGAUGCCAGGUCGACGUGAAUCCGGUAAGCAGGUCUAUCGAGCUGGAAAACUGUUUUGCUACAUUGAUCGGUCGGUUUGUGUGGUCAGCCUGGACGGAGGCGUUAAUUGGACACCGAUUUCUCUGUCCGCUAUGCUGGAACGGGCCGUGAAUGGUUAGAGAGUGCAUGCCUACUACCGAUGUUAAGAUUGUUUAACAACAAUUGUAAAAGUAUAAUCUGUCAGGUUGAAUUAAGUCUUUUUACUUUUACUUGUUGAAUACUAGCUAGCGCCAGUUCAGUGCUUGAUAACACUCAGACUGUUUCUUUUAAGUCUCGCGACGAUAAGAAUGUGAGGUAAUAGGAGACGUGUUUGCAAGGUGGUCAGCAUUUCGUUUCUCAUGAGUGAUGUGUUGCGACGCACGAGCUAAUCUGAAUACUAGGAGGUCAAAAGAUUCGGUUGGUUCUAACAAAUAAAACUCGCGAGAUGAUUUGUAUUAUCAUAUUGUAGUCGGUUUCUACUUGGCAACACGCGUUAUCGCCAAUGACCCAGAAAAUUAUGUUGCUUCAAUUUUUCGACUGUACUGAACCUAGCUUAAAAUUGUAUUGAUGAAUUCUCAUUGCAUAAGGGAAAAUCCAUAAAAACGUAGCUUUAUUUUUUGGUAUUUUGACCCCCUCCCCCCAUCGUAGCAUUUCGUUACAAGUCAGACCUAUAAACACUAUAUAUAUUAGGGUGGGGAAUCGUUAUAUGGAAAAAACGAAAUUUGAUAGCAGAAAGCCAGAACCAAGUUUUUUUGUUCUAUUCGGGGCCUCAAACAAUCCUAAGUUUAUCGGAAGUCGAUUGGUUUUGUCUUCGCUUGGCGCAUUGCAUUUUAAAUUUAUAUGGAGAUUUGUAUGAAAAAACCAACUUUUUUGUAUUUUCCAUUCUAAAGAGCUCUAAAUGGCCCAAACCAUAGGUUUCAUGACUUCAGAUGGUAGGUUUUUUGAUGCCUAACAACUUGGCCGAAGACACUAAAGAGCUAGGGUGAGCCAAAAAAUACUAGAGCUGUUCAAAGUUGAGUAUGUCGAAAUUUAUGUUGCAAACCAUUUUUCUGCCAACACUGCCAGUGUACCGGCGUCAGUCAGAUUUCCAUCUUAAGUAACCUCUGAAACACGCUGUAGAUUCUACCUACGCCUAGAAUAUUGACCUGAAUUUGUUUGUUUGAUCCAGCUGAGUGUAUAAUUUCGUUACGACAGGUUAUUUCUGAUGGGAAUACUAUUGGCGCCGGUACAUUGGUAAUGUUGGCAGAAAACAAGAUUUUCUGCAUUUAAAUCGACAUACUCAACUUUGAACAGCUAUAGCUCUUUUUAGGGACAUCCUAGCUCUUCAGUGUCUUCUGCAAA